UCGAGUAGACUCUAGUCGCUAGCCUCAAACCAACUCUCUCUACUGUAUCGAUGAAGUUGUUUCAAAGAUGGCGGAUUUCCUGCCGUCCCGGUCCGUUUUAUCAGUAUGUUUUCCAAACUGUGUCCUCACGAGUAACGAGGCAGAACAAUUAAGGAUAUCUAAAGAAAUAGACAAAAGUAUUUCGCGGGAUAAGACGUACGUGAAGCGGCUGGUGAAGAUUCUGCUACUCGGAGCGGGAGAAAGCGGCAAGUCUACUUUCCUGAAGCAGAUGCGUAUCAUCCAUGGUCAGGACUUCGAUCAAAGGGCAAAAGAAGAGUUCAAGGCCACGAUUUUUAGUAAUGUAAUUAAAGGGGUGCGUGUGUUGGUGGAUGCCAGAGAAAAGCUCCACAUCCCGUGGGGAGAGGCGUCCAACCAGAGGCACGGAGAGACCAUGAUGGCGUUUGACACGAGGUCGGCCAGGAUGGCCCACGGCAUGGUGGAGACCAGGGACUUCCAGCAGUACCUGCCCUCCAUCCGGGCCCUGUGGGCCGACACGGGCAUCCAGGACGCCUACGACAGACGCAGGGAGUUCCAACUGGGAGAGUCUGUAAAGUAUUUCCUGGAUCAUUUGGAAAAGCUGGGACAGCCGGACUACCUACCGACUCAGCAGGAUAUUCUCCUGGCCCGUAAGCCCACUAAAGGUAUCCAUGAGUACGACUUUGAGAUCAAGAACGUUCCAUUUAAGAUGGUGGACGUUGGGGGUCAAAGGUCGGAGAGACGGAGAUGGUUUGAGUGUUUUGACUCUGUCACCUCCAUCCUCUUCCUUGUCUCCUCUUCAGAGUAUGACCAGGUCUUGAUGGAGGACCGUCAGACCAACCGUCUCAGCGAAUCCCUCAACAUCUUCGAGACGAUCGUCAACAAUCGUGUUUUCUCCAACGUCUCCAUCAUCCUGUUCCUCAACAAGACAGACCUUCUGGAGGACAAGGUGCGCUCCGUCCCCAUCAAGGACUAUUUCCCAGAGUACCCCGGGGAGCCACACAGCCUGGUCGACGUACAGAGGUUCCUAGUGGACUGUUUCCGGGGGAAGAGGAGGGACGUGACACAGAAGCCCCUGUACCACCACUUCACCACAGCCAUCAACACGGAGAACAUUCGCCUGGUGUUCCGAGACGUCAAGGACACCAUCCUCCACGACAACCUAAAGCAGCUGAUGCUGCAGUGAUUGCAGGGGGGUUAUGACCUUUUGAAGUCACCUUUUGGCCUUUAACCCCCCCGUGACCCCUCACCGUGACCCACUGACUUGCAGUGAUUGCAGGGUGAUGAACAGAGAGCAAAAGAGUUGUUGUGUUACACUGUGUCACGUGUCACUGCCUUUUAAGUCACCUUUUGGCCCUUGACCUUUAACCCCUGUGAGCCCUCACCUUGACCCCUGAUCUCCAGUCACCUCUGGUGCAGGCUGUCACCUAUGACCCUUGACCACUGAACCCUGUUACCACUUCUAAUGGCCUUGUACCUGGCAGUUCUAUUCCCCCCCCCUCUAAACCACUGUAAAUGAGCUCUCCCAAUCCCUCCCCUCACACGCCCCUCUCCUCUCUGUAAUGGACUAUUCCAGAGUCUGUAGAUAUGUCGAUGUGUUCUGUAGGAUGAAGUUGCCCUCGGACGCUGAUCCUGGGUCAGUUUUUCCUUUUCCCCACUAAUGGUUAAUGACAGGAUAUGGGGAGGGGAAGCUGGUCCUAAAUCUGUUCUAUAUUACUAUAUUCACUCUGUUGGUUCACUCUUAACACUCCUGUCUCACUCUGUCACAUUGUAACCUGUCUGAGCAGCCCAGACCACUUCUGGAGGUUAGCGGUCAAGGGUGAGGGGGUCAACUGGCCUUUCUGUGUUGGAGGGGGGGGGGUCAAAGGUCGUCACCCGCGGCAACCAGGGAAGAGGGGGUGGUAACGCUGUAGAACAAAAUGCUGACUGUGUUUUACUGGCCUCAGCCUGUCGCUAUGCACCUCCACCUGCCCUGAACUGGCUAGAUUCUCCACUUCCUUUUCCCUCAGAGCCUGAUUAUGACAUCACCGUGACCCGCCACCAUUCUGACAGCAAAUCAGUGUCACUAUCUGGAUGUGGAACUGAAGAACCAACUGCAGCGGAGAGCUUGUUACUUGUUGUUGCUGGGGGGAAGUUAAAGAGUGGUGGGAAUUUACAGCACUGUACUAAAACUAAUCCUUAAUGAUUCCACAAAUAAGCCUUUUACCACUGUCUGAUGAUUACCUAUCAAACAGAGCUACACACACACACACACACAACCUGCCCAUACAGACUCUUAUGACCUGAUCCCUGUCUUAGUCCUGGCCUUACUGUUUGGAACUUUAGUUUUUUAAUCAGUUACAUUUGUUACUUUUUUUUUCACAUAGAUUUCUUAUGAAUAUAUGUACCUAAACAUUGUCUUAAGUUAUAUUUGAAAGGUUUAUGCACAAGUUUGAUUUACACCUGCUGAUGGGCAGUGUUAAAGGCUAUGGAAGAGGGUGUGUGAACACACACACACACACACACGGACCGCUCAGACAGACUUGCUCCAGACAGACUUGCUCCAGACAGACUUGCUCCAGACAGACUUGCUCCAGACAGACCAGUUGAUAAACUACUGAGCUAAUUCUCAGGAUACAUUGUGGACCACUUAUUUGUGUAUUUAGAGCAAUGAUAUUCAUUUGCCUGAGUCCUAAAACACACACAGGCGGCUGUCCAUCAGAGGCUGGUAGUCUAAACAACUUGCCGGCCAGCUACAUCCCCUCUUCCAGUCCUCAUUGUUUCUCCCCUCUCUCUCUUUCUGUCCCUCUCUCUGUGUUAGUGUAAGCAAGUGAUCAGCCUUAUAAACCCUGUGGAGGCUCAUCCUAGAGGGAAGAGACAGUGAUCAGCCUUGUAAACCCUGUGGAGGUUCAUCCUAGAGGGAAGAGACAGUGAUCAGCCUUGUAAACCCUGUGGAGGUUCAUCCUAGAGGGAAGAGACUGUGAUCAGCCUUGUAACCCCUGUGUAGUCUCAUCCUAUAGGGAAGAGACGGUGAUCAGCCUUGUAAACCCUGUGGAGUCUCAUCCUAUAGGGAAGAGACGGUGAUCAGCCUUGUAAACCCUGUGGAGUCUCAUCCUAGAGGGAAGAGACGGUGAUCAGCCUUGUAAACCCUGUGGAGGCUCAUCCUAGAGGGAAGAGACGGUGAUCAGCCUUGUAAACCCUGUGGAGGCUCAUCCUAGAGGGAAGAGACAGUGAUCAGCCUUGUAAACCCUGUGGAGGCUCAUCCUAGAGGGAAGAGACAGUGAUCAGCCUUGUAAACCCUGUGGAGUCUCAUCCUAGACAUACUCUUAUCUCUCAGUCAGGGAAAAGUGGUGGGGAAAUGGUGUCAAAUGAUUUGAUGAAUGAUGAAUCUUUCUCCUUAACUCCUCAGCGACCAAUGUGUCUUUUAUUCCUAGCAAACCCCCAUAACAGGUCUUUAAAUGAGUUGGACGUUGGGUUUCUACCAACUGGAGGGGAACCAGGAGAUACCUUUCACAUUGUUGUACCAGUUAUCCAGGGGGCGUCUGAAGUCACACCCUACUACUCCCUAUCUAGUGCACUGCGUUCGGCCCUAUAUGUCUUUGGUAGGGCACUACUUAGUGCUCUGGUCAAAAGUAGUGCACUAUAUUAUUAUUAUUAUUAUUAAGGUAGUAGGGUGCGGUUUUGCACAUAGACCCCUAAAAUCACUCUCUCUCGUUGUCUCUCUCUCUCUCUCUCGUUCUCUCUCUCGUUGUCUCACUCUCUCUCUCGUUGUCUCCCAAGUGAGCGCUAUUCCCUAUAUAGUUUUGGAUGCAGUCUGAGUCUCGUUGGCCAAACAUGCUGCAUGUGUAGCUCAAGUCUCUCUCUCACAAACACUGUCAGCCCUGUUAGGGCUUCUGACUGAUUGCUCCAGGCCACCCCUUCCAUAGCUCCGAGUCAUCCCCAGCACAGAGCUCUUUGUCUGGGCUGAGACUGUGUGUCAGGGCCCCUUGGCUGAAGGCCCGAGGCUCUGGAAAGAAAGGGCCACCAUUCCAUCCUCUAUACCAGGCGGAUGGACUGGUGUGACUGGGACCAGUGUCUCCUCCCCCCCCGCGCCACACACACCAGUAAGUCAGACCAGACUAGGGUCUGUGGUUUGUCUUUGUCGAUGCUGAACAAACACACACUCCUACAGAAACAGACCACUUUCUCCCAGGGGAUGUAGAUGUCCACACAGAUUAAUACGGAGUUCCAACUAAGAUGCAACAAAAACAAAAAAUAGCCUUAUGGGCCACCAUAGUUAAAGCAUUUAGCCUUAUGGGUGACCUCUGACCUGGGUUAAAUAGAUGUAACCAUCAUCACUGUGCUUGCCCACCUCAGGAGCCCUGCUGUUUAGAGUAGCUAGGUCCUUUAAGAGUGUUGUCUGAAGUGGCCUGAUCAACAGUUUUCCACUGGACCCAACAUGUCCCAAUGUGAUCGUUCUAGAAUCAUGUGCAUUCUAGAACUGUGUGUCCAUUCUAGAACUGUUUCUAGCCAUUCUAUUUCUAUGGGUGUAGUCAGUGCUUUUUGCCAAAUGUCCUCCAGAGUGACUCAAUACCCAGUAGACAGGCAGACGGACAGACCUAUGUCCCCUACUGGUCUUAUGUAGUGAGGGAGAGCUCAAAUAGGAGUCCCAAAUGGCUCCCUAUUCCCUAUAUAUUGCACUAAUUUUGACCAGGUCCCAUAGGGUCUAAAGUAAUGCACUAUGUAGGGAAUAGGCUGUCAAAGACAGACAGACGCAGGCCUUUGUCUUCUCCGGUCAGAGAAAAGGGUAGACAGUCUGCCAGUAGUAACACAGUGGUCAGUAUUCAGUCAGUGUGUAUGUAUCUGCUCCUUCAGGCCGUCUCUCUCUGUGCUGCUGCUGCGGGGGUUUUAAAUGUGUGCCAACGGCUCCGUUCCAAUAUCAACGCUAGCACACUAGUUAGAAUGCACUGCUUCCUUCAUGUUCGUGUGGAUGUUGGAAUGCAGCCCAAGAGUCAGUCAGAACACAGUGUCAUUUCAAAUGCCCAGGCCCACUUUGAUGAUGUCACAAAUCCUGUUUCAUUAGGUUUCUGCUACAGACAAAAACCUGCCUUCAGUGGCCUGGUCGUCCUCCACAACGGGUUUUAACCCAGUCUGAGUUGUAAUUCAUUGUGUCAAAAAGAGUUGUAGAGGUUUCAAGCUGUUAACUGUGAUGUCAGACCCCCGUCCUGCCCUCAGAACUGUCUGUUCCUUUACAACUCUCUCUCUGUCUGUGUCUCUGUCUCUGUCAUCACUGAGGGUUCCGACACACAACGAGAAUGAAACGUCAUUCUGGUUCUAUUGAUUCUAUGGAAUGUGGAGGAAGGUUUGGGGCCUGGUCCAUUAUAUCAAGGUGGAGUUGUGAAUGUGCAAUCUGACAUAUUGGACCUGGGAUGGGAAGGACCUGAGUUGUUUGUGUGAGAGGUGAUGGUGUUUUAAAGCUAUGCAACAGCACUGUGCUCCGGUCCACACAGCAAAAAUACUUCAAUGAACCACUUCUUGUGUAUGUUAUGAGAAUGAUCCUGAUGAUUUGUUACUGUUGUCCCAUGUUAUCCAUUCAGUUCUUUAUUAGUGAAGGGUAAAUAUGCAAAUGAUCUGCCAAAACAUGACUGAUGUUGUUGUGCCUCUUGUUACCCGACUUUUUUCCCCGUCAAGUUUUUAUAAAUACAGUGUUUGCCUUAGCGGUGUUUAUGUCCUCGUUUCAAUGAUGGCUGCGUUCCAAAUGGCACCCUAUUCCCUACAUGAUGACCUAUUGGCUCUGGUCUAAAGUAGUAUAAGUAAAUAGGGACACGGGUGUCAUUUGGGACAGUAUCCAAGAAGAUUAUUCACAUUACGAGUCCAACAAUGGUUACAAACGGUUUCUCUUGCUUAUACAGUUGAUGAUUUUUUUUUUUAUUGUUUAUGAGAAAAUGCUUUCGUUGUACAGUCUCUAACUUAUACUGUCUUACCCUCUUACUGUUCUGCCAAUAAAACCACACACCAUUUUACAAACUGUGA